UCAAUUAUUUUCCUGGAACGCUCUUCUAACUAUUGGAUGAAUCAUAUGCUUCAACAAAUGGCCAUAGUCUUUUCCAGGCGCAUUGAACGGUGUCUGAGAUACUGCCACGGAGGGAUGUAAAAGUGCGAAUUACAACAAAUCCGCUAAAACAAUGUCAUAAAUGUAUAAAGUCAAGGUGAUUCACGAUAGGCAUUCAGUCCUUGAACAACGAUCAUAGGAAGUGGUGCUCAACGAAAGAAGAGAGUUUUUAUCAAACAACGUCGUUACUAUUUUGUCGAAUGACAUCAAUUCAAAUAAACGAUCGGUUCAUGAUCUUUGAGGAUAUAAGCAGGAAACAUGAAGUUCUCCAAAAAGGUCACGUUUGUGGUGCUAGUAUCAAUUGUUGCAUGCAUCGAAAGUGCAGUGAUCAAUGAAUAUAAGGACCAUUCACUUGAAACGAAUCUAGCAUCUGACUCUUUGAACAACAGUAACGAUUUGAGAGAAACUUUAAGGCCUUCAACAGCUGCCCCUAAGUCCAUCAGUAGCUCACAAGCUGAACAAGGACUGGAACAUCCGAAACGUGCAAAACGGGCCAUCAUUUUUCGACCCCUAUUUGUUUAUCGCCAACAGCAAAUCAAAAAGCAACGUCUGAGGGAGAUGCGACAACAACAAAGGCAACAUCAGAUGGAUAGCAAUGCUCAGCGAUUGGCAACGCAGAAGCCAAAAUAUGCCUACAGGUAUCCCUACUAUUACAACUAUAUGGGUUAGUGUGCUUCACAAAAGUUUAUUUUUCAAAAAAAAAAGUCCAGUUCCAACAAGACGACGCGCAAAAGCAGGGAAUAUAAUUAAUAUUAAUAGUGUUAGUGAAUACUUCUACGCUCUCAGUUUUUGAAUGGUCCAAAUGUAUGCAACGUGUCGCGCUUAUAUGAUUGAAUCAUAGCCCUAUAAUAUCGAUAUUAUAAAUGGCAUGUAAUCAUCAUAAAUGUAGUCCAACCUGAAGAGCAAUUAGUCAUGACGUCAUACUACUCUGAUUAGCACUACGGCGUGAAUUAGUCGCGCGAUUGGGACAUCUUCCGAUCUACGUACAUUGGUGGAUAAG